AUGAACUCUACGGAGAGUUCUUGGAGAUCGAGCCCUGUAACAAUGGGUGGGAGGUUUUGUGCUUCUUUCAUACCAUUCUUCUCCAUAAUUGAAGGUCUGGUGUUCGCUGUAGCCAAUUUCUGCAGUAUUCACCGCACCCACCACCACAGGAAUUUACGGUACGGGCUCAGAGAGCUGACGCAGCUCGCCGGUGAAACGCAAUUUACUGUUAAUGAAGUGGAGGCUUUGUAUGAGUUGUUUAAGAAGUUAAGUAGCUCAAUUAUUGAUGAUGGCUUGAUUCACAAGGAAGAGCUCCAAUUAGCACUUCUCAAGUCUCCAUGUGGCCAGAACCUUUUUUUAGACAGGGUAUUUUAUCUUUUUGAUGAAAGGAAAAAUGGUGCAAUUGAGUUUGAUGAAUUUGUCCGUGCACUCAGUGUCUUCCAUCCCUAUGCCCCAAUGGAAGACAAAAUAGAUUUUGCAUUUAGGCUGUAUGACCUGAGACAAACCGGAUUUAUUGAGAGAGAAGAUGUUAAGCAAAUGGUAAUUGUCACUUUGAUGGAAUCGGAGAUGGAUCUGUCAGAUGAUCUUCUUGAGGCUAUCAUUGACAAGACAUUUGUUGAUGCUGAUGCUGACAGGGAUGGCAAAAUCAGUAAAGAAGAAUGGAGGGCUUUUGUACUUAGACACCCAAAUCUCUUAAACAACAUGAGUCUUUCUUAUUUGAAGGAUGUCACUACAGUAUUUCCGAGUUUUGUCAUCAAUUCUGAGGUUGAGGACUGA